GUCCGGUCACCAUGGUGGAGCGACGCUUCUCCAAGUUCCUGCAAAAAUUCUCCUUCUCGCGCGCGAGCCACAAGUACGAGCCGCUGGAGAGGAGCGAGUUGGAAACCUUGAUUGGUGAACAAUGUGAGUUGAAGACCAUUGAAAAAGAGAAGGCGGUGGUAGCCCUGCCACCCAAGGAAGCCAGCAAAUGCCACAGAGAAGACUUGGCCCAAGCAUUUUGUGUGGACUUACAGAACGGGCUGUCGGAGUGCUCGGUGACACAGCGCAGGCUGGUCCACGGCUGGAACGAGUUUGUCGCUGACAACACUGAACCGGUGUGGAAGAAAUACCUCGACCAGUUUAAGAACCCACUGAUCCUGCUGCUGCUGGCCUCGGCCCUGGUGAGCGUGCUCACCAGAGAGUAUGAGGAUGCUGUCAGUAUUGCCCUGGCCGUGCUGAUCGUGGUCACUGUGGCUUUCAUCCAGGAGUACAGGUCAGAGAAAUCUCUGGAAGAGCUGACCAAGCUGGUUCCUCCUGAAUGUAACUGCAUACGAGAUGGAAAACUCCAGCACCUGCUUGCACGAGACUUGGUUCCCGGCGACAUCGUGUCUCUCUCGAUUGGAGACCGGAUCCCAGCAGACAUCCGGCUCACCGAGGUCACGGACCUCUUGGUGGAUGAGUCCAGCUUCACGGGAGAAGCUGAGCCCUGUAGCAAAACGGACAGCCCAUUGACAGGUGGGGGGGACCUCACCACCCUGAGCAACAUCGUCUUCAUGGGGACUCUGGUGCAGUAUGGGACAGGGCAGGGGGUUGUGAUUGGAACAGGAGAGAGGUCUCAGUUUGGAGAAGUGUUUAAGAUGAUGCAGGCUGAAGAGACACCUAAAACUCCUCUGCAAAAGAGCAUGGACAAGCUGGGGAAACAACUGACACUUUUCUCCUUUGGCAUAAUUGGCGUGAUCAUGUUCAUUGGCUGGUUGCAGGGGAAGCCGCUGCUCAGCAUGUUCACCAUCGGGGUCAGCUUGGCUGUGGCUGCCAUCCCAGAGGGGCUUCCCAUUGUUGUCAUGGUUACACUGGUUCUGGGAGUGCUGCGGAUGGCCAAGAAGCGGGUCAUCGUGAAGAAGCUGCCCAUCGUGGAGACUCUAGGGUGCUGCAAUGUCGUCUGUUCUGAUAAGACGGGCACGCUGACUGCCAACGAGAUGACGGUCACCCAGAUUGUCACGUCUGAUGGGCUCCAUGCGGAGGUCAGCGGAGCUGGGUAUAAUGGCAAAGGCACGGUGUGUCUUUUGCCAGCAAAGGAGGUCAUUAAGGAGUUUGCCAACAUCUCAGUGGGGAAAUUAGUGGAGGCAGGCUGCGUUGCCAAUAAUGCUAUCAUCAGGAAAAACUCGGUGAUGGGACAGCCCACGGAAGGGGCCCUGAUGGCGCUGGCCAUGAAGAUGGACUUGAGUAAUGUUAAAGAUUCAUACGUGAGAAAGAAAGAGAUUCCCUUCAGUUCCGAGCAGAAGUGGAUGGCGGUAAAAUGCAGCCCCAAAGCCGAGGAGCAGGAAGACAUUUACUUCAUGAAGGGAGCCUUUGAAGAAGUGAUCCGGUACUGCGCCACGUACAACAACGGGGGCAUCCCCCUGCCUCUGACGCCCCAGCAGAGGGCCUUCUGCCUGCAGGAGGAGCAGAGGAUGGGGUCGCUGGGCCUGCGGGUGCUGGCCCUGGCGUCUGGGCCCGAGCUCGGGCAGCUGACCUUCCUGGGCCUCGUUGGGAUCAUCGACCCACCGCGGGCCGGCGUGAAGGAAGCCGUCCAGGUCCUCUCCGAGUCGGGCGUGUCGGUGAAAAUGAUAACGGGAGACGCUCUGGAGACGGCCUUGGCCAUCGGAAGGCACAUUGGCCUGUGCAACGGGACGCUGGCCACGCUGUCGGGGGAUGAGGUGGAAAGCAUGGCCAAGGGCCAGCUGGCCAAGCACGUCGCAGAGGUGUCUGUCUUCUUCAGGACCAGUCCGAAGCACAAGCUGGCCAUCAUAAAGGCUUUGCAGGAGUCGGGGGCGAUUGUGGCCAUGACAGGGGACGGGGUGAACGACGCCGUCGCCCUCAAGUCGGCCGACAUCGGGAUCGCCAUGGGGCAGACAGGCACUGACGUCAGCAAGGAGGCCGCCAACAUGAUCCUGGUGGACGACGACUUCUCGGCCAUCAUGAGCGCAGUGGAGGAAGGCAAGGGGAUUUUCCAUAACAUCAAAAACUUCGUCAGGUUUCAGCUGAGCACGAGCAUCUCCGCCCUGAGCCUCAUCACACUGUCCACUGUGUGCAACCUGCCCAGCCCCCUCAACGCCAUGCAGAUCCUGUGGAUCAACAUCAUCAUGGACGGGCCGCCGGCGCAGAGCCUGGGGGUGGAGCCGGUGGACAAAGACACGCUGCGGCAGCCUCCUCGGAGCGUCAAGGACACCAUCCUCAGCAGGGCCCUGGUCCUGCGCACUCUCCUGUCGGCUGCCGUCGUCAUCAGCGGGACCCUCUUUAUCUUCUGGAAAGAGAUCCCUGCAGACAAAGCAAGCACCCCUCGCACCACCACCAUGACCUUCACCUGCUUCGUGCUCUUCGAUCUCUUCAACGCGCUGACCUGCCGCUCCCAAACCAAGCUGAUCAUUGAGAUCGGCUUUCUCAGGAAUCGGAUGUUCCUUUACUCGGUACUGGGGUCGGUGCUGGGGCAGCUGGCCGUGAUCUACAUCCCGCCCCUGCAGAAGGUCUUCCAGACCGAGAGCCUGGGUGCACUGGACUUGCUGCUGUUAACUGGACUGGCCUCAUCCGUGUUUAUUUUAUCUGAGCUCCUCAAACUCUGUGAAAGAUUCUGCUCCCGAGUCAGGAGCAGCAAGAUGCACCAAGAAGGCGUAUAGCAGAGCCAGACCUGGCUCAGAGCCCCGAGCUCUACUUUUACGUGACUGUAGCCCCUCCACAGAGAGGCGUUUCUGACACGGUGGCCGUGGGUCACUCACGGUGCU